CUGCCCGCCGCCAGCUACGGACCCGCGCUGUCCGGACAGCCAGGCCGGGCCGGGCCGGGCCUGGCGGCGCGGUGAGACCGUGCGGCGCGGGGGCCCGGCACAGAGGGGAGAGGGGCGCAGGCUACACACCCAGCAGCAGCCCGUCCAUGUCAAAGAUCAGGUGAGUGGCCGGGCGCAGCGCGGCCGCCGAGGAGCUGGAAGCGGACAUGGCGAGGCCGGAGCAGCCGAGCGAGCGGAGCCGCCGCGGGAAGAGGCCGGGCAGGGCGCGACGCAGGGGGGGCCGGGGCCACUCAGCGGGUGCGGGAGCGCCGUGGGCCGGGCCAGCGGGACCUCUCUGUUUGCUGUGUUCUGCUUUUAAAGCAAACUCCGUUUCAUUUCGUGGGGCGUCUUUUGUUGGAGGAUAAAGCUUCUUGCCCGUAGGGCUUGUGGAGUCUCCCUCACUGGAGAUACUCGAGAACGGUCUGAAUGCAAUCUGAAUGCCGUGUGCUCUGGGAUGACCCUGCUCGACUGGGGAGCUUGGACCAGAUGACCCACUGUGGUGCCUUCCAACCUUACCCAUUCUGUGAUUCUUCAGUGCCCCUGGUGCUGCUGGCGGGUGAGACCGGGGAGUUCCUCCCAAACUGACGCUUCAGACAGCACUGCCUCGGAAACCUUUUGCAUGUCUGUAAUGAGAUUUGCAGGGAUGAUAUUACCACCAGGUCAUAAUUGGAGACAUACACAGAAAGGCACAAAUCUAUGUAAAGCUGUGAGGGAAGAGUAAAAUAAUGGGAAAAAAAAAAACAAACCAAACUGUGAGGUUAGAGUAAACCCAUCUCUUAUGGUUUGUUGACUGCAAGAAUAGUUAACUGAAGGUUGAUAGGAAGCAAAAUCUCCCUGCAUGGACACAUCAUCCAUCCGAUUUUGACUGGGCAGUUGUGAGGAAAGGAGGGGACUUAAUUCAUCAGUCUUCCCUUUUUUAUCUUUUCAUGCAGGUAACUCUCCAUUAGGCAUCAAGAUCACUGAAAUACCAGUUGCAGAAGCAGACAUGAAAAGAGCUAUAUCAAGCUCCCAAGGUGACAUACUGGCUUGAAGAUUUGUACAGCUUUGCUGUUCCAUGUGAAGGCAGUGGUUAGUUGAAGCUUCUUUUAGAGGAAGUCCUGUCUCAUUUGUAGGGUUCUCUCCAGGUGGAUUUUGGUAAGUGCAGACCUGUGUUAAAGCCUGUCAGACCAGCAGCCGAGGCUGCUUUAACACGGGGAGAGCCAGUCGCCAAUAGAGAGCAGUGUGUACUGCUGGCAGGUGGAAGAGCCUCUGCUGUGUGGAGGGAAGUCAUGGAGGAGACAAACAGACGCAGCAGCAUCCAGAGUAGUGAUUAAUGCUGGAGUGGCAGUGAGAAUAGCAGUACCUGGGCAAGCAGAAUUGGAGGAGUCGAGCCACUGCAUCCAGAAGGAAGAAGAUGGGACCCCUUUUACUUCUAAUAAUUUGUCAGUGUGCCAUAAACAGUAUCAAAACACACAGUGCUUCAAAUCCCAAUAUCAUUUUGCUGAUGGCUGAUGAUCUUGGUAUUGGAGACCUGGGAUGUUAUGGGAACAAAACCUUAAGAACCCCUAAUAUUGACAGGCUAGCAGAGGAAGGAGUGACGCUUACUCAGCAUAUAGCAGCAGCCCCACUUUGUACUCCAAGCAGGGCAGCUUUCCUGACAGGGAGAUAUCCUAUAAGAUCAGGAAUGGCUGCCUUCUCACGAGUUGGUGUCUUCUUAUUUUCUGCCUCUUCCGGAGGACUUCCUUCUGAAGAAAUAACUUUUUCCAAACUCCUGAAACAGAAAGGUUAUGCAACCGCUCUAAUAGGAAAGUGGCAUCUUGGGAUGAACUGUGAAAGCAGUAAUGACUUCUGUCACCACCCCCUCAGUCAUGGAUUUGAUUACUUUUAUGGGCUUACUGUGACCAAUUUUCGAGACUGCAAACCUGGCCAAGGCAGCGUAUUUUUGAAAGGGGUUCAGAAAGCCCUUAUCAUCCCAAUCCAAAUCGCUGGCAUCACCCUUGUCUCUUUGGCAAUAGCGCGGUACAUUGGCCUCCUCAAUGUACCUUUCCAAGCAUUCUGUUACUGCUUGUUAAUAAUCACAAUUUCACUUGUGGUUUUGAUAUUAUUCUUCUAUCAUUUUCGACACUUAAACUGCUUCUUAAUGAGGAAUCAUCAGAUUAUCCAGCAGCCACUGUCCUAUGAGAACCUUACUCAGAGGCUGACAAAGGAAGCCAUGCAGUUUAUUGGAAGGAACACUGAUGCACCAUUUCUUCUUGUCUUGUCUUAUCUUCAUGUCCACACUGCUCUGUAUGCUUCAGAAAAUUUCAGAGGAAAGAGCAAGCAUGGCUUAUAUGGUGAUGCAGUGGAGGAAAUGGACUGGAGUGUAGGACAAGUUCUGGAUGUGCUGGUAAAACAUAAUCUGAGUGACAAAACUCUUGUAUACUUUACAUCUGACCAAGGGGCUCAUGUUGAAGAAAUUUCUAGUGCUGGAGAAGUCCAUGGAGGAUACAAUGGCAUAUAUAAAGGUGGAAAAUCAACAAACUGGGAAGGAGGUAUUCGUGUGCCAGGUCUUCUCCAUUGGCCUGGAGUGAUACAGGCUGGUGCCUAUAUUGAUGAGCCAACAAGUAACAUGGAUAUAUUUCCUACCGUAGUCAAACUUGCGGAGGCACAGUUACCCUCUGACAGAAUUAUUGAUGGACAUGAUCUGCUGCCCUUACUUCAAGGAAAAGUUACUCGAUCUAAGCAUGAAUUUCUCUUCCAUUACUGUAAUGCAUAUUUAAAUGCAGUGCGUUGGCAUCCAGGAAACAGUGAAUCUGUCUGGAAAGUCUUCUUCUUCACUCCAAACUUCAGUCCUGAGGACUCCAAUGGUUGCUAUGAUUCUCAUGUUUGCUUUUGCCAUGGAGGAUUCAUUACACAACAUGAUCCCCCACUGCUCUUUGAUCUGUCCAGAGACCCUGAAGAGAAAGUCCCGCUGACUCCAGAAACUGAGAGCCGUUUCUACGAAAUCCUCAGGGUUGUUCACCAAGCAGUAGACAAUCACACCAGAUCCUUGCAGGCUGUUCCUAACCAGCUGUCAUGGGACAACCUUCUCUGGAAGCCAUGGCUCCAGCUCUGCUGCUCAUCUCUCUUUCAGUCUUGCUAUUGUGACUAUGACUCAGGAGGGAGUCCACUGGAAGUGCAUUCAGGGUAAACAAGCUGCAAUUCGCUGUCAGAAACUGGAACAGAAGAAUGUGGGUAUCUGACUUGAGCCAGCGUGGUACUAGCCUUCCAGAGGUUUUGUUGUAUUAGAUGAGGACCUGUCUUCAAAGACACAUUGCAGUAGAAGAAAAUUUCAGUCAAGAAAAUGUACCAAGAAAGGGAGGAUGAGACACUGCUUUUCUGCCUUUAUCAUACAGCAUGAAAAACAUGUUGCCAUCCUCAUCUACAAAUGAGUAGACUGUAGGCGUUUUCUAUGUGAGAUAAUUUUCUAGACCUUCAACUUCAGCUUCUUACUUACACAGCAAAGAAUUUAGCUGUGGUUUCUGUCAAUCACAACUACUAAAUGCACACUUUCCUGUCCUUUUUGCUAAGUGUUAUCCACCAUUAGUAGGACAUAGCACUGAGUAAUUAAAAAGAGAGAGAUAAUAGUGGAGAGGUCCACCUGUGACUGUUGUUUGGUAACUGAUAGAUAGGUUAAUAGCAGACUUGCAACAUCAUCUCUAUCAACAAGCAUCACGGAUAUGAAAAAAUUAACAGACUGCCAACAGUCUAACUUUGUAUGUGCCAUAAAAAUGUACAGAGCUAUGUAGUGGAAGUCAUUGUGUCCACAUUAAAACGAUGCUCCCCAGUAUCCCUACUGUCCUAUUGCAUGUCAGCAACCUUUGUUUAUCAGUUGUGCACUUGAGUGUGUACCAUAUAUAUAUAUAUAUAUGUGCAAGCCAAAUUAAUAACCCACAAAUCCUUCAAUCUCUGGUACAGGCACACCUUUAUGGUCGUAGCCCAAUUGAUAAAAUAAAAGGUUUGGUCCAUACUUGAUAUUUGAGUUCCAAAUACACAAUCCUACAAAUAUAUCUUUCACUAUCUAUUUACCAUACCUAUUCUUCCAUUGAUGAAUGUAAUCACAAAUAAAUAAAAUUUGGUCUUCCUUUAAAUAUCUUUGCCAUCUUUUAAGAUUUCUGAAUAGGAUCUAUGAUUUUCUGAAAAUAAACUUGGGCUUCAGUAACUAAAGCCAAAUAUAACAGUCUCUGAGUUCUUAGCAAGGCCUUGGGAAACCUACUGUUCUCCAGGGCUAAUUUCUGUGUCCAUUUUUAUCUGAAUCUUAUUCAGGCACAUUUUGUUUCCACUCCACAGGCAGACAAGCUAUUUUCUUUGGAAGAUUGUAGAUGAAGAGAACAUGUCAGCAAAAUACUAAAAUGAUUUGAUGCCUGAUAAUAGAAGGUGACUUGCUCCUUAUCAGAAAGAAACAGUUAAUUCCCACAUUACAAUGUAUUAAAACCUGUUUGGUGCAAAAGUGGUCUGUGUUGAUAGUAAUGCAAUAGCUUCAGUCAGCCAACAUUAAGGUUGUGACCUGGUUCUUGUGAGCUAUUGAAGCCUGUCCUGUAAAAUAUAUUGUGAUAUAUGGCGUAUUUCUCUGUCUGUAAAACCUAGGCUUUAUUUGAUUUUUCUGCCGCAGUUUCAUUUCAAAUUUCAUUCUCCACAAUAUCCAGAUGCCUGUCCUGGGAAAUGUACUUUUUCCUUGAAGUCCUAUUUUUGAUGUUCCACCCUGUGUUUAUGAUGGUAUGUCCUCUGCAAGCUCUUUGUAGGUGGCCAAGUCCCAUGUGUGCUGAUAAAGUUUGUCUGUUCAGAUAUUUCCCUGAUAACCACUCAGGACCAUUUACAUUGCAUCAGGAAAGCUGUCAGAUGGGCAUUCAUAUGGUAUAAUUCCCUCUGUGCUUUAUUUAAUUACUGAAUGUAUUACAUAAUCUUAGGAAGAAGAAAGAUCCCUGCCGUUUGAGUACAAGUAUUAUUCUGCAGUGAUAGUGGCUGCCUCUAGACAUCAUGGCAGGAUCCAUACAUCCCAAAUUUAUGGUCCUCACCAUGUGACCGUAGAACCCCUUGGGGCAUGGUGCUGGUGCCACCCCGCAGUGGGUGAGCAGUCCAGGCUGCGGCUGAGGUGCCAGAGCACCAUGGCAUGGAGAGAUGCUCUUUCCAACUCCUGCAGCUCUGCCACAGCUUACACAAAAAUUUUUCAAGCAAGUAUUCCUGAUGAAGCAUGUGGGAAAAAAUAUGUAGUGUGUUAGUAUACAGUGCUAAAUCAGACAAGGUGUUUGGUGUCAUCGGAUCUAUUUUGUUCCCACAGUUUCUGGGCUGUGACCUUAACUAGUAUCUCAAUUUAUACUGUCAAGGACCUCCACAUCUACUUCUUUUCAUCAAGAUGGUGCUGUGUUGCUGUUAUUUCUUUUCUUUCUGCAGGUACAAGAAUUGUUUGUUCUGUUUGGCACAACAGUUGUUCUGUGCUGCCUGACUGAAGUCCAAAAAUGGUUUAUUCUUGCUCGAAUAUGACUUUUCUUUCAUACCCUCCUUGGCUUUUGGUGUCAUCUUUGUAAUCUCCUUUCUUUAAACAUCCACAUCCCUCAAAUAUUUUCCAUCUAUUUCUUUGCCACUCAGUCCAUCUGUUUGCUUGUCAUAUUGAUUGUGAUGGUUAUUUUGCCCUAAACAAGCAGAAAAUGAAAAGUGGUCUUUGUCAAAAGAUUCAACUUCUAGGGCUCCUUGACUCUGCUAACCUACUGCUUAUUUAAGGUUUAGCAAGGAUUAACUUCAUAUUAUGAAAUAUAAGAAAUUAAAACACAGCCAAGGCACCAUAAAUAGAAAAAGCUUUUUUUUUUUUUUUCUGUUGCAAAAGCUUCAUAUUUUCCAAAACAAAAUUUAGUCCAACAUUUAAUACUUAGACUUAAGCGGUAAAAUCUGAAAUCCAUUUUUAAAAUUGUUCCUUCAGGAAAGAUUCUAUUAAGAAUAGGGCAGUAUUUUUCAUACUCUAUGUUAAUGCUAUUUUGUUUAAUGCCUAAAAUAAACCUUCCCUGUAUUGCAAAUAUAUUAUACCUUUCAGUACUGUACCUUCUGUUCUAGCGAUGGCAUGUCAGAUUGUGAUAAUUAAAGUAGUCUUGUUUAUUUGCAAUAUAAAAUGUGAAGGACAGUAUACCAUUUGUGUAAUGGCACUGCCUGAGCUAACAAGGAAAAGUUUUGUUUUCCGCAACAGGUUAUUACAGAAUCACAGGAUCAGAGAAUAUACCAA